CUGUCCCUCCUCUCGCAGGCGGACCCGGAACAAAGAAGAGAGAAAAAAAGAUUGGCCGUGGCCCCGGCGCUGGGGAGACGAUUCAAUUCGUGUCUUUUGAGAGGUGGACUCCAGCGAGCUGAACCGAAGCGAUCUGCCGGCAUGAUGGAGGGGAAUGUGCAGGAGGAGCUGGAGUUGGAGAAAAGCGUCCGGCGAUUUCGGGAGAAGUUUCACGGUAAAGUGGCGCUGGAGACGGCCGUAGUGCUGAUGAGAAGAUUCGCCAAUAAUCAUAAUCAAGUGUGCACAUAUGUCAUACUGUAUAUGGAUAAUGAUACUGAUCUUGAUGUGAGAAACCAUUUAAGAAAUGAUCAAGUUGCAAUGAAUGUCAUCAACAAAAUUAAGAGAGAUGAUCAAAGAGCAAAGGAAAUGCCCAAAGACAAAGAUAUUCAGGAUCUGGCCAAGAAAAUGAACACUCUUCCUCUAACCCAGAAGAAUCUGAAGAUGUUUAAUGAUGCUGCAGAGAACCGCAUCCCCGCCCGAGACAGACAGUUUGCCUGCAAAGAGUGUGAUUACAUGUGGUGGAGGAGAGUCCCACAGAGAAAAGAGGUGUCCCGAUGUCAACGCUGCCGCAAGAAGUUUGACCCGGUUCCCGACAACAAGAUGUGGGGGAUCGGAGAGUACAACUGUCAAUCAUGCAAGCGCAUGUUUAGGGGAUACGGACAGAUAGAAGUCAGCAGUCCAUGUUAUAUGUGUAGCAAGCCUGUGUCUCCCAGCUGUAUUCUUCCACCACGCCGGAACCAAGGCCCUCGAACCCGUAAUACUCACAGCUGUUUCGCUGAAUAUUGCUACAAUAGAAAAGAACCUUUCGUUCCCGGCCUGCAGUGCGCCCAUCCGAAAAGCCGGAUCUUGAACCAACUCCCCAAAGUGUUGCACCCUAGUGAGUGGCACAUCAGCACCGGCUCUACAAUAGCCACUUGCCUGAGCCAAGGGAGUCUGAACGAAAAUGAUAUUGAUGACAUCAUCCUGGACGAUAUCAAGGAGGAGGAAGAUGAUGAGGAAACGGAUGACAGUGACAGUUAAGGACACCCUGUGUUUGUAAGAUCCACCUUGACUGAGCAUGACUGCAGUGUGGCUUGGCCAAGGGGGAGACCAAAGCCCAACGCUGUUGCCUCUCUUUAUACCCUUUAGCCCACUGGUUUACUUCUGUUUAAUACUGAAUUCUGUCCUGGCUGCAGAUUAGAACAUACUCAUUUCUCUUUCAGUUCCUUUAAUUGCUAUGUUAAUUGCUAUUGCUAAUUCCUUGUGAGGAAGAGGGCUGAGUCACAUUGGCUGAGCCAGCAGAAGUGUAGGGACUCGGUUACCAUAGUGCCUUAAUCUUUUCCACAAGUAAAUCAAAACUGGUUCACACAAUGCACACCUCAUUUAUAUACACCUGCACAUCUUCAUACUCACUAGUCUUAAAGCUUUAACCGCUCCACAUAUUUAUCCAUAUAAUCUCUUUUCUAUAAAUCCUUGUCUUGCUCCAUAUAGCAAAUCCUCCUGGCUCUCCAUGUAUCCCAGCAUUAUAAAUCCUGUAGAACUGCCUAUAACUCCUACUAUUGCUCCAUAUAACGCUUCCCUAUAACUCCUACUAUUGCUCCAUAUAACCCCUCCCUAUAACUCCUCCAUAUAACUCCUCCUAUUGCUCCAUAUAACC